UCAGUCCAUACCUUUUCAUUCCCAAAAUAAGUUUAAUUACAACUCAACAAGUAGUACGUACAACUCAACAACUUUUUCUGGAUCCCAGAACUAUACACAGCAAAACGAUGUUGAAGAGGAUCAAGCUGUUUUCAUGGAGCAACAUUCCAAUGGCUUUGGGCUCCAAGUGGAGUUUCCUGAAGAAGCGACCACAAAAGACUCUGAGGAUUCAUUGAAUGGUGUGAAAGUCUCAAACAACAUGAUGAUGAGGACAACAAUGAUUGAUGAUGAUGCCAAAUGUUUAAACAUGAAAAUGUCUCCUCCUGAUGUGACCAGUGAUCAAACUCCUGAUCUUUCCAGGAAACCUAUCCAUGGAGAAUACAACACCUCAAUUGAUACAUCAGAAAGAAACCAGUUUGAUUAUUACCCCUCAGUGGGGGUGAGCACUUUAGAAGAUGGAUACAACUGGAGAAAAUAUGGACAAAAACAGGUAAAGGGUAGUGAAUAUCCAAGGAGCUAUUACAAAUGCACUCAUCCAACUUGCCCUGUGAAGAAAAUAGUGGAAAGAUCUCACUGUGGUCAAAUAACAGAAAUUAUUUACAAGAGUAAUCAUAAUCAUGUAAAACCUCAGUCAAACCGUAGAGCUGGACUCGGAUCAUCAGCAUUCUCACUUGGUGAAGUCCCAGAAGUAAGUGGAGGAAAUGGGAUUUUUGUUAAAAUUGAAGGUCGAUCUGGUUGGAAAAGUAAUAUGGCAUCAAAUUCAGUUAUUUUGGAUAGGAAUAAAAUUGAUGGUACUAAUGAUCUUGCAGGAACUCCAAAUGAACUUUUUAAUCCUUUAUCAAGUGUCCAUGGAAAAUCCAUUGAAUUGAGAGAAACUGCUUCUGAGGUUUCAACCACAGUUUCUAGUCAUGGUGAUGCAGAUGAUGAAGAACCUGAAGCAAAAAGAAGGAAGAAAUUGAACUACUCAUCAGCUUUGUCCUCGAGAGCUUUUCGAGAGCCAAAAAUAGUUAUCCAAAUUGAAACUGAUGUAGACAUACUUGAUGAUGGUUACCGUUGGCGUAAGUAUGGUAAAAAAGUUGUCAAAGGAAAUUCAAAUCCAAGGAGCUACUACAAAUGCACAAGUGUUGGAUGUAUAGUAAAGAAGCAUGUGGAGAGAGCCUCAGGCAAUGUAAAAGCUAUAAUUACAACAUAUGAGGGAAAACACAACCAUGAAGUGCCUGCUGCUAGAAACAGCAAUAAUCAUAUCAACUCAACUGGUCCGAAUGCUCCUAUACCACCUAUUACUCCUAACAAUUCUCAGUCAUCAUCCCUGAAAUUACCAAGAAACACCACCAUUCCAAAACCUCAAACACAAAUUCAAGGUCCUCCCCCUUUGUUUGACAGAAAACCAGAAUUUUGUAACAGUGAUUAUUUGAGGCCAAGCUUUCCUGGGAAUGUCAGUAAUGACUUAAGAUAUGAAGCUUCUUCCUUUUACCAAAUGAACCUUCAUUCACAAAAUCCCAUUCCUUAUGCCUCCUCCUAUUAUGGCAAUGGUAGUAGUUUUGUUGGGUCAUUCAUGCCAGACUUUCCAGCUUCGUUUCCCUUCAGUUUUCCAACUGUUGAUUUUGACUACAACAGUGAAAAAUCUGUUGUUGCACCAGUUAAUGAAAAUGACACAAGGCUUGUUCAACCUAAACAAGAACAAAAUGAUGAUAAAAUCAUUAAUAAUGCUAAUACAUCAUCAUCAUCAUCACACGGUCCAUUCAUGGGAAGAUUUAGGUAGUUUUUUUUUCUAUAAUGCAUCAUAGUAUACGUCUUUAAUAUAAGUGCACAAGUGGAUCAAGUGAAUUUUUGUUAGUUUUUUUGGCGUUUUUUUUGGUCUUCUG